CUUCCUCGCGCGUUUCCUGUUCCGGGGUCGGUCGUGUGCGCUGAGUGUGUGUUUAUGUGCUCGUGUGUGUGAGUGUGUGUGACGAUGAUGAUGGCGGAGCUGGUGCAGGGACAGGCCUCGGUGGCUCAACCCGGGAUGAAGGACGGAUUCGUGGACCCUUUCCACCGCGCGCGACAGAUUGCUAAGAUGGGAGGAGAGCAGAUGCAGCAUCUGAAUAACACGUCUCCAGUCGUCGAUGCCUCACUGUACGGCUACGGAGGGCAGAAACGCUCGCUGGAUGAGGGAGUGGCGAGCCAGCUGGGAGCAAUGGUGCAUGGUACAAGGGCUAUAAUAACAGAAGACUACAAAGUGCCUGAUAAGAUGGUUGGAUUCAUCAUUGGACGCGGCGGCGAACAGAUCACGAGAAUUCAGCUGGAGUCCAACUGUAAGAUCCAGAUCGCUUCUGAAAGUGGAGGCAUGAUGGACAGACCUUGCACCCUGACUGGGACCCCAGAGAGCAUCGAGCAGGCCAAGAGGUUGCUGGGGCAGAUCGUGGACCGCUGUCGGAACGGUCCGGGCUUCCAUACUCAGAUGGACGGGAACAGCGCUAUCCAGGAGAUCCUGAUCCCGGCCAGUAAAGUGGGCCUGGUCAUCGGGAAGGGAGGCGACACCAUCAAACAGCUGCAGGAGAGGACCGGAGUAAAGAUGAUCAUGAUUCAGGACGACCCGAUGCCCACCGGAUCAGACAAACCCUUGAGAAUCACUGGAGACCCUUAUAAAGUCCAGCAAGCGCGGGAGCUGGUGGCGGAGAUCAUCAGGGACAAGGAUCAGGGAGAUUUCCGGAGCGGCCGCAGUGACUUCGGCUCCAGACUGGGCAGCAGCCUCGACGUGGCAGUGCCCAGAUUCGCCGUAGGCAUCGUCAUCGGCAGAAACGGGGAGAUGAUCAAGAAGAUCCAGAACGAUGCAGGAGUCAGGAUCCAGUUUAAGCCAGAUGACGGGAUCAGUCCGGACCGGAUCGCUCAGGUCAUGGGUCAGCCGGACCGCUGUCAGCACGCGGUUCACCUCAUCAAUGAUCUGGUGCAGACGGCACAGGAGCGCGAUGGGUUCGGAGGGCCGGUUGGACCCAGAGGUCGUGGCAGAGGUCGUGGUGACUGGAACAUGGGAUCUCCUGGAGGCCUACAGGAAGUGACCUACACAAUACCAGCUGAUAAGUGCGGCCUUGUGAUCGGGAAAGGUGGAGAGACUAUAAAGAGCAUCAACCAGCAGUCCGGAGCUCAUGUGGAGCUGCAGAGAAAUCCUCCUCCCAACACCGAUCCCAACGUGCGGAUCUUCUCCAUCCGUGGAUCUCCGCAGCAGAUGGAGAUGGCCAGACAGCUGAUCGACGAGAAGAUCGGGGCGCCUGGGAUGGGAGGAAGCAGCAGUUUUGGUCUCAGUCCUUUCGCCCAGGGACCGGCGACUCCUCAUCAGAAUGGUCCGCAGACGUUCAUGACUGGAGGAUGGGGAACCACGUACCAAACCUGGCAGCCUCAGAGCCAGCAGGACCCCAGUCACAAUGGAUCCCAGAGCGGCCAGAUGGACUAUUCCAAAGCGUGGGAGCAGUAUUAUAAAAAGCUAGGUCAGCAGAACCAAGGCCAGAGCAGCGGCUCCGACUACAACAAAGCAUGGGAGGAGUAUUACAAGAAACAGACUCAGGCCGCCGGUCCCGGGUCUCAGCAGAGCUCUCCUCCAGACUAUAGCGCCGCCUGGGUGGAGUAUUACAGACAGCAGGGGGCGUAUUACGGCCAGGGACAGACUCAGGCUCCCGGCCUCCCGGAUCAUUAAAGCGGGCGACUGCACACCCUUUAGUUGAAGAUUUUUGAAUCACUGCGAGGAGGAAACAGACCUUUUGUAACAGAGGUUUCUAGAUUUGCAACGCCUUGAAGACUUUUACUUUUUUUCUUAGUGAGAAACACUAGCUGUAGAAUGACUUAUAUGAUUUAAAAAGAGAACUAUUUCUAAAUCAGGACAUCAAAUUGUUACUAAAUACUUGUGUACACCAUUAUUCACACGGGCGAUUUCCGGGAUCCCUUUUGGACCGUUUCAGAGUUGGUUUGUUUUCUAUUCUUCCUUUUUAAUUCUACGAUAUAUAUAUAUAGAUGUGUAUCGCCAAAAUGAACCCCGGGGUCGCGGCGUUUCAUCGAUCGCGCAAUAUAAUCUCUUAUUUUUCUAGUUCUGUUGCAAUAAAAUGAUCGAGGGCUUAGCAGUCUUGAAUUGUUAUCGUUUUGUCGUGAAAUGUUUUAAGAAUGUGUACAAAAUGUUUUCUUUUUUUGUUUUCCUUCUACAUAAAGCGUUUUAAUUCAGUGCGAUGAAAAACUGUGAUGUUUUUGUUACAGAAAUAUAUGCUUUUGUUACACGAGAAACGCAACGCCGCCGAUGAUGUAAUUCCUCAUGUGCUUUGUAUUGUUUUCAUUGUCAUUUUAUUGUACUCUGGUUUAAAAAAGGUGCAAUAUCUUAUUUCAUUUUUUUUUUUUUUGAAACAAAGAUGGAUUUCUCUAAUAUUUUGACAGACGUUUAACUUGUAGUUUUUUGUAGUCGUAUGCAAAUGUAACGGAUAAUUUUUUAUUACGGUGAUUUGGCGGGAAAAGCGUAUCGUGAGGUGGUUUUUUUGCCUUUGCUCUCUUGUAAAACUAUGUAUGUAUGCUCAGAUACUUGACUAAAUACUUUAUUUAAAAAUAUAUAUAUAAUUAAAUCAAAGACUUUUUUGUCCUGCAUUUUUACAGGAAAACGGUCCCUGUUUUUCUGUUGUUUUCAUACUGAAAUUUGUCAAAGAUUGUGAAUGUGUAAUUUGAAAUUUGAUGUUGCAUCUUGCUGACGGAUGAGAAGUUUUAUGUGUGUGUAGUUCUGUAAACUUCGACUUUAAAGCGUUCAAGACUGCUAAGCCUCGGAGAGCCUACCUGUGUAUUAAUUACUUGUAGUUUUUUAUAUUCGGAGUAUUGGAAGAUCAAACGUUCUCGUCUUCUUUGAUCCCGCCGGUCUCUCCCUCCAUCAGUACACACUGUACAGUCCCGAUCCCUCACUUUUUAAUUCAGAUUUUGCUUUCUACUCUGUGUGAUCUAAUAUAUGUAUGAUUGAUUAGUUACAAAUUGAUCUAGUAUUAACUUCAUUGCUUAAUGAAAAGGGAUAUUAUAAUUUCAAAAUGUUUAAUUUUAGUGUUUCUUUCUUCCUCAUGUGUACAGGUAACCAUGUAUUAAAAUGAUUGAAAGACUA